UGGCGUCAUUGCUGAGCGCAUGGACCUCAGAUUGUUUCUUAGCGUUGGCAUGAUUUUGUCUGCAGUCUUUAAUGUGAUGUUUGGUCUGGGCUAUACCUUCAAUAUCCAUGUACUCUCAUACUAUCUGGUUGCUCAGGCAUUAAGUGGUAUAGUUCAGGCUACAGGAUGGCCAGGUGUUGUGGCAGUCGUUGGAAACUGGUUUGGGAAAGGAAGUCGAGGUUUGAUAUUUGGCAUAUGGAACUCUCACACUUCAUUAGGUAACAUCUUAGGAUCUGUGAUUGCAGCAGCGUUUGUUUCAACAGCUUGGUCACUUUCCUUUAUUGUCCCUGGUCUCAUUAUUGGUGCAAUGGGAAUACUAGUGUUCUUUCUUUUGGUUCCUGAGCCAUCCUUGCUUGGGUUGCCUAAUCCUAACAGUUAUGAGGAUUCUCCAGCUGGAGUGUCUCCUCCACCACGCCGCCGAAACUUGCCCGUUUAUGCUGAAGGACCAGAAGAAGAAAGAGCAUCACUUAUAGAUAAUGAGAUGGAAGAACUGUUGAUAGAUUCAAGAAUGCUGGGAAAUUCAUGUAGAGCACAAGAAUCACCAGUAUCUUCAUAUAAUGGCAGUGAUAAGACACCAUCCAGGGUUGUGGAAGAAAAGGCAAUAAAUUACUUCAGUGCCCUGAAAAUUCCUGGGGUUGUGGAGUUUUCCCUCUGCUUAUUCUUCGCAAAACUUGUAUCAUACACUUUUCUCUACUGGCUGCCAAAUUAUAUAAAGAACAGUACAUCAUAUAGUCCAGCUGAAAGUGGCAAUCUGUCUACCUUGUUUGAUGUGGGUGGAAUUAUUGGAGCUAUUACAGCUGGAAUACUUCGAGACCGUACUGGAAUGCCUGCGUGUACGUGUGCUGUUAUGCUCAUCAUGGCUGUGCCAAUGAUGUUUGUGUACCAUCUGUAUGGGGAUUUAACCUUUGGGUUCAAUGUUUUCCUUCUCAUAGUAGUAGGGAUUCUAGUAAAUGGCCCAUAUGCAUUGAUAACAACAGCAGUUUCAGCUGAUCUUGGAACUCACGAAUCCAUAAGGGGCAACGCAAAAGCUCUAGCUACAGUAUCUUCAAUUAUUGAUGGCACUGGCUCUAUAGGUGCAGCUGUUGGGCCACUUAUUGCAGGCCCAAUAUCUCAAACUGGUUGGGGUAAUGUGUUUUAUAUGCUUAUGGGAGCUAAUGUACUUGCACUCCUGCUCUUGACACGUUUGGUCAUUCAUGAAGUUAAAGAUUUCCUUCUGAUAUGUAGGCAAAGAAGACAGACUUCACCUUUGUGAUUAUAAGUUACUGUAUUUGAACAAUUCAUCAUCUAGAUGUUCGUUAUGUGCACUGCAAAUUAUCUGCUGUCGCUGUUCUUGAUUGUGCAUACUGUUUUGGAACACUAGAUAUGUGCCUACACCUUUUUAAAAGUUGUUUGUGCACAUUUUAGCUGUUGUGUGUGAGAAAUCUGUGAUGUAAAUAACUGGUGUUUAAAUACACCAGAUUAUAAGCCUCAGAUAAUGUAUUUUUAUACUGCAUUUCUAGCAGACCAUGCGUUUUUUAUCAACAUGGGUUGUAACAUAAAAUUACUUUUAAGAAAACAUUUGUGAAGGUUUUCAUGUUACGUAACACCUCUUAUUUCAGCAUUCUGAGAUCUCUUCUUAAAAAAAUUAAUAUCUUCAUUUCCAGUUGUCAGAAAUUAAUCCAUGAAAAGGGUUUUGGCACAAAUGAAAAUGUUAGUACGUACUAUAGUACAACAAAUUUAGGAAGAGACUUUGGCAGUUCAUUUGAGCCAGUGCUCUGAUGCCAUACAUAUCAUAGUCCAGUAUCAGAUAUUCAUGUUUAUUUCAAGAUAGAUGAAGAAAUGGAUGGUGUCGGGCAUAUAGUAUAUUCUUCAUGCUGAAAUUUAUUUUAUUUUUUUAAUCAUCAUUACUAUUUUCUACUUAGAAUUUAUAAUAUACUUAAAAAUGUGGCAUAUGUUUUGAUGAUGAGCCAGUUUUUGUAUCAACUUAAGAGGUCAUUUAUGGGACAGUUAAGCAGUUUAACUCAUGAAAAAAUUGAAGAUUGUUCUCUUUAGAUACCGUUAUUGAAGGGCCACGCUUGAUACACCAUGACAUUAGACCACUUCAAUAAAUUAUCUUUAUGAAAUUCUACUACAUUUCUGUGUUAGCAAGAAAAUUCCUACAUUUGAAAAGAUUUCAUUGUAGUGAUUAAUAUACUGUACUGUAUAGGUUUUAUAUGAGGCAAAGUUUUAAAAAAUAUAAAUUGUUUACACAAAGCAGAAGAAAAUUAAUAAGAAAAUGCAAAUAUAUGACGUAAAAAUUACUGUAUAGAAAAUGAAAAUAAAAAGAUUUAAAAAUCGAAUGCACAUCUAAUUGAAAUGUUAGGUCUUUUUACAUUUUUCAUAGUGCUUUCACAUAUUUUGAAUUUUAUGUGAAAUUGGGUAGCUACAUAAAAGAAAAACAUCCAUUAUAAGCAAACUAGUAAAUAUGCAGAGUAUCACAUAUAAACAAUAGGAAAAGUGAAGCCAGAAGGUUAAACUGGAUUUACACAAUUCUACAAUUAUAAAAAACAAAUUGUAGUAUUCCUGAAGAAAACAGGCUUCUCUUGAUAAGAAUGAGAUUUAAAGGAUUAGGAAGAAGUGGCACCAACAUACUGACCCAAGAAAGCGGCAAGUCUUCCUAAAUUUGUCACACUAUAGUCAUUAAGUUUCUUCAUUUUAUUUGAUAUAUGAUGAAGGAAAAUUAUUUAUUGGAAAUCUAAAGGACUAACCCUAGCCAUUUCACUGAACUACAUUCUGAUAUAUUCACACGGAGAUACUUAGUGUUUUUCACUGUCAAAGAAAUUUUCAUAUUCACCAAGCAUAUGUAAAAUAUUUUUUUUUUUUUUUGUAAUAGUUUUAUUAUAUAUGUACUGUAAUGCAUUCCAUAAUGUUGUGCUACUUCAUUGAUUAUAAGCAAGGAUUUGUUAUAAAUUAAAUUUAUCCUAAAAUAUGCAGCUCCAAGUAUAUUGAGUGAACCUUUACUUUUUAGUACUAUUAGAAACAAUUCUUGUAUAGGUAGUGUUAGUUGAUUUGCCAGUUUAUGUGAUGAAAAUGAUGUAAUUUAAUAUCGGAAUGAAUUAAUUUAAACUGUACUUUCCUUCAGUAUCUUUAAAAAGUGCUUGGGAGUGGUGUAGGACUGAAUGACAAAUAUAACAAUGUGAAGUUCCCAGCCACUUAAUUAAGAACAAUCAGUGAUUAAUUAUGGCCAAGAACAAUCAGUGAUUAAGUAUAUGGCCCAGGGUCUCACAACUGUUGGCUCGAGUGGAGGUCUGGACCUUAAUUCUGUGGAAUCAGACACUUUUAAAUACUUUCAACUAUUUAUGGCAUAUUGGUCAAGAUUCCCUAUUGAAUAGUAGGUCUUGUAAAUGUGAUUUACUUCCUUAGUUGAACUCGUAUCAAGUUAAAACAUUCAUUUAUUUUAUUGAUAUUGUUUCUUGUACAUGAGUUUGAUAACAAUAGUUAACUUAGGUAAUAUAAAACUUUUAUUUUUUAAAAGUAAAUAUUCUUUCUUACAUUAUAUAGUUACACAAAAAUACUGAUAUCGAGUGUAAGGAUUGAUCUCACAAAUAGGGAUAUUGUUAGAGAAUAGUGAUAUAUACAAAGAUCUGAUUUACUUAUCCAGUUUCUUCCUCAAUGUUUUCACAGUACUUGGAUACUGUCUAUGUAUUUUAUCAUCAGAAAAUAAGUGGACUUUCUAGUCUCACUUUUAAAUGUAUUAUUUUUACUAUGAUGAAUCAAAGUGUUUGAACAUGCAAUGCAUGGUCAAAUUUGAGUAAAUAUAUACAGUAUUAAAAUGACAAAUGUAAAUCAUUAAAUUUAAAUUGGUGUGUGUGUGUGUGAAAUGUUUUAUUGUUGUUAUGGAAGUGUUUAAGUGUAUAUUAUUUGUAUGUUAAAAAUAUGAUAUCUGAACUCCCAA